UAUGCAAACCAACUCUUGUCUCUCCUUAAUUAAUACUCCAAAGUCUCCGAUACAAACAUCCGUGGUCCAUGGAACCUUCUAAUUUCCCUAGAAAACGUUUCUUCUCUCUUCCGGUGGACUCCGGUGGCAAAGCCACAGAGUUCCGUCCACUCUCAAUAUCAUCGCCCCAAAUGCUUGCCUUUCACCUGGCAUGGCUCUCCCUCUUCUCCUGCUUCUUCUCCACCUUCUCUAUCCCUCCACUACUACCCAUCAUCCGCCGGGAUCUUCACUUGACCAACACUGAUGUUGGUACCGCCGGGAUAGCCGCCUUCAUCGGCUCCAUCUUCUCCCGCAUUUUCAUGGGCCCUGUUUGCGACCUUCUAGGUCCUCGCGUUGCCUCCUCCACUCUCUCUUUCCUCACCGCGCCAGUGGUUUUAGCCACCGCGUUUGUCUCGUCGCCGACGUCGUUUAUUGUGGUUCGGUUUCUUCAGGGGUUUUGUCUGGCUAACUUUGUGGCUAACCAGUUCUGGAUGAGCUGCAUGUUCUCCAGCAACAUCGUUGGCCUCGCCAACGGCGUUGCCGCCGGUUGGGCUAACGUAGGAGCCGGCGUCGCUCAAUUAGUCAUGCCCUCUCUUUAUUCCCUAGUAAACUCCCUAAAUGUACCGGAAACCAGAGCAUGGCGAAUUAUUUUCGUUGUUCCGGCAAUUUUCCAAGCAGUAACCGCCAUUCUCGUCCUCGCUUACGGCCAAGAUCUUCCCUCAGGAAACUUCAGAGACCGCCAGCAGUCAUCCCAUAAAUUACAAAAAGAGAACUUCGCAACAGUUUUCUUCCAUGGGUUGUUGAACUACAGGGGAUGGAUUCUGGGUUUAGCAUACGGGUUUUCUUUCGGAGUGGAGAUGACGACGGAUAACAUAAUAGCGGUGUAUUUCUACGACAGGUUCGGGGUGUCUCUGGAGGUCGCCGGAACAAUUGCGGCGUGUUUUGGGAUGGCGAAUCUGUUUUCAAGGCCGAUAGGCGGGAUUUUUUCGGACAAGAUGGCGGAGAGGUUCGGGAUGAGGGGCAGGCUGUGGGGGUUGUGGGCAGUGCAGACGGCGGCGGGUGUGCUGUGUGUGGUGCUUGGACGGGUCAACUCUCUCUGGGGCUCUGUUGCAGUGAUGUGCUUGUUCUCUGUGUUCGUUCAAGCUGCUUCUGGCCUCACGUUUGGAGUGGUGCCUUUCGUUUCCAAAAGGUCACUGGGAAUGAUAGCAGGGAUGACAGGCAGCGGGGGCACGGUGGGAGCGGUGGUGAACCAGAUGCUGUUCUUCUCGGGGGACAAAUUUUCCAAGCAAACAAGCAUUUCUUUGAUGGGUGUUACAAUGAUUGCUUGUACCCUUCCUGUUACUUUGAUAUACUUUCCUCAAUGGGGAGGCAUGUUCUGUUUCCCUUCAUUGGACCCGAGCACAGCUCGGGAAGAUGAUUAUUCCCUUCUGGGUUGGGAGUAAGAGCCUCUCGUGGAAGAAACAGAUACAUGACUUUGGUUUCAGGAAGUUCAAAAGACCAGAGCUUCAAGAAUCCAGAGCCUGAAUCUGGUGUAUAAUUGUGUAAGAUUGAUAUGUAGCCUCUCUCAGCAAAGGAUAGGUAAUGUUGUUUGAUAGCAUGUAACUGGUAUUCUAAGCCUGGCAUUAUGAAUGCUGUUAAAUAGCACUCUUUUGUAGGAACUUGGAACACUCAGGGAAUCCUCAGGCCAAAAAAUUGGUAUGAUUGGAUACACAAACAUGUUCUAAAGCUAAAUGUUACAAAUUAAU